CCUCUACCUGAGCAUGGCCUGGAAGGAGGAAGAGAGGGAAGUGAGAACGAUGGAAGUAAAUUAGACAAGCCGGAGAAGUAGCUGAGAGGAAAAGCUGUCCUGUUCACCUACUAUGAUGGAGUAAGAGUCAAGAUGUGACACGAUCUUCAUUCUGUCACAAUCAAGAAUAUAUAUGAACUGGAAGAUGCAUUUAUUUGGAAGUUACCUUGUACGUAGACUUGAUAAGGAAAAUUCUAUCAGAAGCUUUCCUUUGUUCAUCUGAACAAUUAAAUGCUACAAAGAAAGAGAAAUAAGUCUGUUUUCCACCAUUUCAAUUCCACAGUUCCUUUUUGAAAGAAGAAAUGCAUUCUUGGUGCUAUCUUACCCUAUCCCUGCAUUGAAGAGUUUUGUGGUCAGGCUGGUGGAAGGCUUACAGCACUGAAGUGCUCUGGACAUAAUUUGCUUGCCUGCCUUCCCAGGCAAUCCCCAAAAAGGCUUGGAAAUUGCAGGGAAUUUCUUCCGAGGAGGAAUAGCUCUAUCAAGCACCAAAUAUUAUCUAACAAGAGACAAAAUGCUAAAGACAACCUUACUGCCACCUUAUCUGAAACCUCAGUCCAACUGUGCAAUAUCCAGCAGAGCCGACCCAAAUCCUCACAUUAUUAAGAAGUCCAAGGUUGACACUGCAGAAGCCAAAAGCUAUUUGGCAAGGCUGCAAGGAACAGAAAAUGAUAGAAGUCAUGGAGAGCAAGAAUGGAAAGAGUCGGCUGGAGAAAAUCUCCAGAAGGAGCCUUGGAGAGCCAAUGGGAAUGUCCUCCCCCACAAAAGCAAUGACAAUAGGCUGGCGUCAGAUGAGAUACGAGACUCUCUAUGGCCUGUUUCUGAUGUGAUGGAUUCUGGGAUUAGCAACAGGGAGGAUCAAAGUCAAGAAUGGAAAGUGGUGAAAGUGAAACGAGUCCUGCUUUCUCCUGCUGAUGAACCUAGGAAAGCAAAUACUUCAAGAAGUGCAAGCCUUUCUGAAACAGAGCUGAAGGAGGCAAAAGCUAGGAGCCAGAGAAUUGUUGCUCAGUUGACAAAUCCACCAAGUUCCAAUUCCAAAGGGGUCCUACUGUUUCAUAGGCGCAAGCAGCGAGUGAAUGCAUUCACCUUAGGAGUCCCAAACCCAGCCAGCCACGAACAAGUAGCUGUGGAGAGCAACCCCAAAGCUAUUGCUCACUAUUGCACUCUGAGCCAUGGGAAGGAAUCACAUCUGAAGCAGACUCUAAAACCAACUGGGGGGUUGAACACAUCAUUCUGCAUCAAGGAUUUUGGAUGCUGGGGGCAAAAAGUCACCAUGGAAAAAUAUGAGGAGAGACUGGGUGUGGAACAACCCCUAGAUAAUGCACAGGGCCUUCCAUGGAAUAAAGAAAAGAGUGAGAAGAUUCUUUAUUCAACUAACACAAUGUUGUCCUCUAAAGAAAUUCCAGAUGAAGAAUUUCAGCAGAUCCCACUCAGUGUAUACCUUAAGGAGAAUACAGGGACAACUUCAACCAAUGGAAUGCAUGAACCUAUCACUGAGUUUGGAAAAGUGCCUAUUGUUGAGCAAGGACCAAUUAUGGGCAAUAUAGAAAACAUCCCACCUAAGGCUGAUGAUGUAGCUACCCCUAACAUUGAGAAAAAAGAUACCAUUCUUGAAAAAGAGCUGUAUCUUCUGCAUAUGGAUCAGGAAAAUAAUAUUGUCGAUAAAGAACCAUAUUUACCCAUAGGUAGUGAGAAAAACAAUAACAUCCCCGACAAAGACCUAUAUGCAGCUGUCAUUGAUAAGGAGAAUAAUAUUGUCCUCAACAAGACACUGAGUGAACCAGUCAUUGACCGAAAGGAAAAUGGAGAGAUUCCCUGCAAGGAACAGGAUGAGUUGGUAACUGGAGAUGAGAAUAUUUUUCCCACUGCUGACACUGAAAAACCCACUGAUGUGCGUUCUAAUGAAAGCAGCACACAAAAUAAUAAGCAGUACUGUGAAGUGCGCCUAACUUUGUCUAAGCCCCAACCAGUGAAGAACCGAACUGCAAGACCUUUUGGAACUCAAUCACUAGCUAAAAUCCUCCCACCAGCAGAGAAAAGCCCAGUGGUGGAGUUUCCUCCACCACCUACCUAUGCAGAAACAUUUUCCAGCCCUCCUCCAGUGACUAGGGUCAGGUCACCUCCAGCUUACUCAGCACUGUAUCCUAGUCAAGAACAGAAAAUCUUGGUUCCAUCUGAAGCUAGGUAUAAAGACAGCAGCCCAGGACCUCAAUUCAAAGAGAACAGAGCACCACCUCCAGAUAAAACAGGCAUUUUGGAGGAAUCUGCAGCCCGCAGAGCAGCUAAGAAGUCCAUGUUCACCUUUGUUGAGAAGCCAAAAAUGGCUCCUAAUCCAGAUCUUUUGAAUUUGGUACAGACAGCAGAUAAUAAAAAGAAGCACAAAGGACAAGAAGGAGCACUUCCUGAGGAUGAAUCAUUUGCACUGGGUGCAGAUGCCUCUAACUUUCUAACUGAAGGUAGACCAUUAGAUGGACCCACUCAGUCGCUUGCAGAAGCUCCACCAGAAUGGUCUUCAUGUUUAAGAUCACCAAAAAUACAACCUAAGCCUAAAAUAAGCUCCAACCAAAGCCUAUCAGAGGCAAAAGGAAAGGGGGCAGAACUGUUUGCCAGGAGGCAAUCAAGAAUGCAGAAGUAUGUCAUUGAGGCUCCAUCACAUCCAGAUAUAGCUAGAUCACCUUCACCUACUAUGUCUCUUCCUCCAUCCUGGAAGUAUACUUCAGAAACUCAUCUCUCCCCUGUGGCAUUCCAACCUACACUCAAAAGUCCAUCAAGAUCUCCAAAAGGUCCUCCUGCAUCUUUUUACAACAGCAAUUUGACAGAAAGUGAGCUGUCCAAAAAGGAGUUGGAAAUCUCCAAGCAACAGCCUUACCAACUUCAGUCUUCCUUGUUCAUUCGUUCCCCAGUCAAAGAGCCCAUGAGAUCUGUGGUCCCUGAAGCUGGAUAUAUGAGGCAGGCUUUGUGCUCAACUUCACCCUUACCACCUUCUCCCCUAUUGCACCCACCUGCCCAGUCCAGCCCAAGCAGAACAUUGGCUGGCCUCUUUGCUCCAUCACCUGGAACUGUGUUUCCAUUGCAGAAGAUCAGAGCAAGUGCUGAAGUAUCACCAGAAGCAUCUUUUGGUUACUCUUCUAAAAUUUUGUCUCCAAGAGCUAAAGGAGUAUUCCAAGCUCCAAGGCCAUCUUACUCCACCAAGAAUGCAGGAAUUGAGCCUCAGGAAAGAAAAACAUCCCUGCCGGCCUCCCCAACAUGGACUCCACAGCUGAUAAGGCGACAGUCCAGCAGCUUAGAGGGCUGGAUGAGCCCAGGCCAAACUCCAGAAUCUGAGGAAGGACUUGUUGAAGCCUUUCGAGCAGCCAGUGUUAUGACUCCACCUCCUCCCAUGUCUCCAUCAUGGAGCGAAAGAUCUCUGUCCCCAUUUCGACAGGAGAUUGAUCCAAAGUCCAAUCGGCAGAUGCAGGUGCUGUUGGCAAGAAAUAUCAUAAAUGCUGCCCGGAGGAAAAGCUCUUCUCCUAAACUCACUGGGGUAGAAAACUUCAGGCCCUUCACUCCCCCUGUCACUUGCCCCAGUGUGUCAUCCACUGGUGGAAGUCCUAAGAAUAUGGGUUAUCGUUCUCCAAGCCCACUACAAUCACCCAAGCCAACAAGAAUGGAUGGAUACAGACGUGUCUCCCUCCCCGUCUCAGCUGCCCCACCACAGGCCAGUGCAUCAUCAAACAACAGCCCCAGGUUGCUAGGCAACAAAUCUCCAACCUUUAAAAGCCCACUGCAAUCACCAAAAGCAGUGAGGAUGAAUGGAAACAAAUGCUUCACGCUGCCUACUAGAACUGGAGCAUCCCAGUUCAGUGCAGCAACAAGCCAUAAUGGCCCAAGUACGAUGGGCAUUCAUUUUGAACCCCACAAGGAUCCAGAGCUACUUCAAAAACCCACAAUCGUGGAUAGCCAUAGGAUCUUCACAUUGCCAGCAAACACCAGCGGGAUAUCAUGCACCAAUCCAAAAAACCUGGGUGCUUCUUCUCCCACUCUCCACAGCCCCCUGCUGUCUCCCAUGAUGACAGCAUGUUCCCCAAUGAAGCGCUCCACUUCUAUGUCACCCACCAACUCAGAGGCAUCCGUGGACUCUGACUGCUCUGGAAUGAAGUCACCUAGCAUCCGCAGCUUCAACAUUUGUCCACGAGGCUGGAAUGGCAGCAUGAGGCUGAAACAGGGUAGCCUCCCAACAGAAGCAUCCUGUACCUCCUAAACCUGGGCCAAGAGAUAUGAACCAAAAAAAAAAGUUAUGAAAGUUGUUGCCAAAAUAUUUAUGCAGGUCCAAACAUAUAUAUAAUCCUGCCAACCUAAUUAAGUUUUAGGAGGAAGAAGUGUAUCUGCGAA